AUGGCCGAUUUUGGCGAAUAUCCGCCUAACAUGGCGCCGCAGGAUGCGCUCGUUGUACGACAGCAGGCGCAGCCAGACCACGAGGUUGUCCCUUAUACCGCUGAAGAUCUUGCACGGACAAAAGCUGGCCCUGCCUAUCCGUACAAGCAGUCAACAAACACUCUCAAGCGCAAGAAUAUUUUAACAGGUCAUGCUGAAGAAAUGUUCCUGAGCGAACAUUCGUUCAGAGCCAAGCACAGAGCUUUUGAGACCAACAACGGCCCAACUAAAUCGCGACCCAGCCGAGAAAAGAAGGGAGACGCAAGUGUUGCCCAAGGAGUUGGCGAGUACGUCGGCCCCUGGGCCAAAUUCAAGACGAAACAAUAUGAGGAAGUCGAGGUAGACGAGGAUGACGACGAGUACGAGUACGAAGAGGUGGAGGAGGAGGAGGAAGAAGAGGUUGUCGAGAGCGGGACAGUCGUACAGGCACCUGCCGGUGCUCUCGCGCGGCGCAAGGAAGUGGAGGAUCUGGGAGAGGAAACGACUACUUUCCACGGCUCCGAAGAAUUCGACUACCAAGGCCGAACAUAUAUGCACGUUCCCCAGGAUCUGGACGUGGAUUUGCGCAAGGAGGUCGGAAGCGUCACAAAUUUCAUACCAAAGAAGCAAAUCCACAGCUGGAAGGACCAUACCGGAGCCGUUACAGCACUGCGCUUCAUCCCAAGAUCAGGACACUUGCUUCUGUCAGCCGGUGCAGACACGACAGUCAAGAUUCGCGAUGUGUACCACGACAAGGAGCUCCUGCGGACGUAUUCUGGUCACUCCAAGUCAUUGUCCGACAUUUGCUUCAAUAAUUCAGGAACCCAGUUCUUGUCUGCUUCGUAUGACCGUAUGAUCAAGCUUUGGGACACAGAGAAGGGUAUCUGCAUCAACAAGUUUACGACCGGCAAAACUCCUCACGUUAUCAAAUUCAACCCUGAUCCUGAGCACUCAAACGAAUUCCUGGCUGGUAUGUCGGACAAGAAGAUUGUUCAGUUCGAUAUUCGAACGCCAAGCCAGGUGGUUCAGGAGUACGAUCAUCACUUGGCUGCCAUCAACACUAUUACUUUUGUCGACAAUAACCGCCGCUUCAUGACGACGUCCGACGACAAGUCGCUCCGCGCAUGGGACUACAACAUCCCCGUGCCCAUCAAGUACAUUGCCGAGCCAGACAUGUAUCCUAUGACUAGAGCUGCACUUCACCCCUCUGGCAAGUAUGUCGCAUACCAAAGCUCGGACAACCAGAUCCUCGUCUACGGGGCCAACGACAAGUUCCGCCAGAACAGGAAAAAGAGCUACCGGGGUCACAACAAUGCUGGUCUGGCUAUUGAUUUGGACUGCAGUCCUGAUGGCCAGUUCCUUGCUUCCGGUGACCAGGCCGGCUACGUAUGCUUCUGGGAUUGGAAGACGUGUAAGAUGUACCACAAGCUGAAGGCAGGUAAUCAAGCCGUGACGUGUGUGCAGUGGCACCCGCAGGAGACGAGCAAGGUUGUUACGGCCGGUCUGGAUGGAGAUAUCAGAUACUGGGACUAAAAGGUUCAUGGUGAAAGCGAGCAUGAUUUUUGGCGUUGGGUGUGGGAUAUCCUAGAACUUGGGUUUGGAAAAUAAACUGGCAUUGUUACGAAGCGGCGAUGAUUUAUGAUGUUUUAAUGCUUGCCUCUCAAUGAAGGAUUUUUUUGGGGGGUGUUAUAUCUUCGCUUAUUGCGUCUUUAUUCUUAUUGAUCUACUCUUCGUUCG